ACUCGUUACCAUGCCCGAACUAAUCAUCUAUAUAAAGGCCGCAUUAUCUAGCACUUGGCACAGAUCUGAUAUGAGCAUCAUCUCAUAUGCAUAGCAUAACCGAGCCAUUUUCACCAUCUUUGUUAUAAAGACCCUAGUACGAUCGCUACAGCAUGUCUCCCAGCAUUGCCAUUAUCGGUGGUGGGCCAUGUGGUUUGACCUUAGCACGCCUUUUAGAGCGCAAAGGCAUCGACUACGUGGUCUAUGAGCGUGACGAAACCGACGAUUCUGGUCGCAGAGGAGGCAGCCUCGAUAUUCAUGCAGAGACUGGACAGCUUGCGCUGAAAGAAGCAGGUCUUUUUGAAGAGUUCUUGAAGUAUGCGAGAUAUGAAGACACUGUGUUUAGAAUUGCAAACCAGAAAGGGGAGAGAGUAUUUCACGCUGAAGAAGGGGGGCGUGACGCGCCCGAGAUCGAUCGCAUUCAGCUCCGCCAGAUUUUAUUAGACUCCAUCCCAAGUACGAAAAUCCAUUGGAAUCAUGUUCUUAAGGGAGUAACCUUGGAUAAGGAUGGGCACCAUAUCCUUGAGUUUACAAAUGGCGUUUCAGCCUCUGGAUUCAAGCUGGUGGUUGGUGCAGAUGGUGCCUGGAGUAAAGUGCGAGCAUCGAUAACAGAAGCAAAGCCAAAAUACUCAGGCAAUCACUACAUCGAAUCAAGAAUAAACCCCGGCAACUCUCUUUACACUACGAUGGUUUCGAAAGUUGGCGCAGGCACUUUGGUGUGUCUAGGUUCUUCAAAAGAGAUCGUUAUUCAGCGUCAAGGCGACGGAUCUUACAGGAUUUAUCUCGGUAUUUCGGUGCCAGAAAAUUUUGUGCGAGGUGGCGCCGUGGACUUGACUGAUACUGAGUCUACCCGUCAAUUAUUUCUUUCUUCAGAAUUCUUCGAGGACUGGGCAGAUGAAUUAAAAGAUAUUAUUCGCCACUCUGAGGAUUUUAGCCCCUGGUCUUUGUACUACAUACCUCCAGAAACCAUGAGCUGGAAGCCUAUUCCUGGCCUGACAUUGGUUGGAGAUGCAGCCCACGUCGCAACUCCAAAUGGUGAAGGUGUCAACUGCGCUAUGGCAGAUGCACUCUCUCUGGCCACCAAAAUUGCAACAUAUGGCACAGAUGAUAUUGAUCGUGCCGUUAUCGAGUAUGAAGAGGAUAUGUUCAAACGCGCAGUAGAGCAUAUUAACAGCGGUUUGGAAAUGGGAGCCGUGAUGAGACACAAAGACGGUCCUAUGGCCCUCAUCUCCUUUUUCAAGACCGUAACGGAAAAUGCAACGCAAUCUUCCUGAGUUUGCAAGUAUUCAACAGCGGGAGAGUUGAGUUCCCAAGCAUAUCACAAUCUUGUUUAUAAUAUACAUUACAAAAGACGAGCACUCGACCCUGAAAACUAGAAUAUUUUCUCUAUAAUAUAGCAUAGUUAUCUAGUAUAAAUAGCUAAAUAGAUAGUAAUUAGACAGAUAAGUAGAUAGAUCGAUUAGUAAACCAAAAGUCAUUCGAG